UCAGGGGAACGGCUUCCAAUGAACAAAAGAGAUAAUACUAAGUGCCAAACUCUCUCUACCGGCUAGUUUACGCUCCUCUUCAUCGGAUCUUAGAUCUACGGCAACUGAAAAAUGGACGAAUUUCAGAUCAAUGAUGCCGGCGCUGAAGAAGUAAUUGGCGACGAUUUCUACGAGGAGAUUGAGGCUCCGAAGUUCGUAGACUUCUCCGCACUUGAUCGUUGCCACACCGAACACGAUGAUCGUUACUGGUUCUGCCUCCGUGUAGGAUGUGAUCAAAAACAUGAAGAAGAAAUGGACUCUGAAGCAAUUUAUAAAAAUUUUGUACUUAGGGUUAUGGCAGCUAGGAGUCCAAGUGUUGGGCUUCGAAAAGCUCUUGGCAAAAGAGACUCAAGGUCAAAAUUGGAAUGCCCCCGUACAGUUCCUGCCAAGUCUUCAAAGUCUAGUGUGUCAAAAUUGGCUAUGAUAUCAUCCAUUUUACAAAAGAUGGGUGAAGCCAAAGUGAAAGUUAUACAUGUUCCUAAGCAGGGUUCAAGUUCCCCAAAUGUGAAGGCAGCAAAGCAGUCAUCUACUAAGGCCUUGACUACACCGAGGAACCAAAAAGGACUACUGAAUCCCGGUACUUUUCAAAGUGUUCGAAACCCGAAACCAACUACAAUUGAGGUGCCAAAGGAUAGAGUGGUGGCAAAGGCUUUAGUGUUUCACUCUCCAAAGAAGGUAGUUAAGUUGAAGAAGUCUGUAGAAUGGAGUAGUUCGUUAAGGAAGGUAUGCGCAGGGAUGAAGAAGCUUGAGAUUAAUGAUGGAAGUAAGAAGAAUGCAUUGGGGUGCAUUAAUAAACCGUUAGAUGUUCAAAGGAAACAGUUGAGAGGGAGAGAGGUUAAAAGCCGCGUGUAUGAUUCUUUGCAUUGCCAGAAGCAGAUGAAUGAGGAAGCUAAAUCUGUAAAACGUUUGAAGAAAAAGAACAGCAACAAAGACUUGCUGUUGUCCGAGGCUCCUAUGUAUCGAAAACCAGAUGAAAAGGACUUGGUUGAGAGUCCUUCAGAUAGCUUGGAGCAAGCAGUUAGCGAGAAUACCAAAAUUUCAUCUCCCUCUAGGAGUAAGAUGGCCUCCAUUUCAGAGUCUGAAGGGGACAAUGAAAUUAAUGAGAAUGAUGACAAAGAAAAUGCUUUGGCAUCUAAUAUCCGAGUAAGUGAAAACAGUAAGGAAAAUACAACAGCUUCUGAUGAAAAUAGACAAUUGAAUUGUUCUAGGGGCAAGACAGUGAAAAAGUAUGUUCUUGGGAGACACGAGACUUCUAAAAAUAUUCAGAAGGGUACUAAUGGAAUGAAUAAGACAAUGAGAGAAAAGAUAAAGGUGCUCCAGGGAUGAAGUACAGAAAACCAAAGCUUACAAAUCCCAAGCCUUUUCGUCUUAGAACUGAUGAAAGAGGAAUCUUAAAGGAAGCAAACUUGGAGAAGAAGCAUCUUCAAGCACCAUUAAAAGAAACAAACACCUUUCGGGAUCCCAAGGUGGAAAU